AUGGACGACUCACAAGCUGCGGAUGAUGCUAAUGGGGGACCACCCGCCAUCAAAGAGGUCCAAAUCGACCCCGAUGGAGACCUCACCCUGGUGGCGGGACAGCAAACAGGCAAGCCCGAGAAGUCAUUCCACGUCUGCGCCAGCGCCUUGCGACGGUCAUCGCAGGUUUGGAAGAAGAUGCUCUUCGGCCCCUUUAAAGAGUCCAAACCGGCUUUUGGGCCGUGGGUGGUGAAUCUCCCCGAAGACGACCCCGAUGCCUUGGAAAUAAUACUCAACAUCAUUCACGCAAACUUCCCCUUGGUCCCGAAUACACCUGACCUCUUUGAGCUGUAUGAGAUCUUCCAGAUGGCCAAUAAGUACGACAUGAUUCCAGCCCUGAAGCCUUGGGCUGUUGCUUGGUUACACGUGGCGGAAAUUUGCCAAAAGGUCACAAAUCGAUUCGAAGGUCGAGAGAGGGCAGCAUUGUCCUAUGUAGCGUGGGAGUUGGGACAGGUUGAGCUGCAUAGGCAAAUGGUCAAGGAAUUGAUCAUAUAUUCUUCCCUCAGCGAAGAAGGGCGCAUGAUCGGCCAGAAAGUGUUAUUGGAUGACGUUGGCCCCAUCGGCCCACCUGGUCUGCUUGAGGUUUUACACAAACAGCGCGAAGACAUAAUCAGCACCCUGCCACUUCAACUCAACACAGUCAUUGGGAACCUCAUGUUCGACGACGGAUGCUGCGUCGAUAAGAGAGCAUCCGACAUGGAGAAGAAACACUGCAACUACAUUAUCCUGGGCAGCUUGAUGAGAGGCAUGGGGGACAAGAGAGGCCAGAUUGGGCUGGAAGUGAAGGUUGACCAGAUGGAAACAGUGGCAGAGUUUGUGAAUCGCAUUUGGAGUAUUGCCGACGACAUAUGCUUUUACGAUGGGCACUCUAGUCGAUGUAACCCUGGCCCAAAGAUUCAGUUUAUGCUGAAAAAGGUCACCAGAGGACGCAUCGUCAAACUGACAAAGGUCAGUGUUCAAAAAAUGGAGCAGAGGCGCAAAGAAUUGGGAUUGGGACAAGAGAGAACAAGAACACCAGAUGACAGCGCCUGA